AUGUCCCUACGAAUGUUUCUGCGACAACCCGGAGCGCGACCAUUGUCCGACGAGCAGAUAUUCCUUUUCGCCGCACAGCUCGCCGAAGGGUACAUGUACUUGCACAGUAAAGGUGUACACCACGUCGACAUCGGCGCGCACAAUGUCUUGAUUGACAAAUCCCGCUCCAAUCUCAAGUUGUGCGACUUCGCAGGAUCGUCAUUAGAUGGCUCAGAACCGCUGGUCCUGGCAGGCUAUCGGGCCCAAUGCCCCUGGAGUGAUGACUCAAGUAUCGAGACCGAACUCUUCGCUCUCGGAAGCCUCCUCUACGAGUUAUCAACAGGACUCGAACCCUACGACGACAAGCCGUUGUCGGAUAUCACGUCUCUGUUCCGUGCGAAACAGUUCCCCCCUGUUGGCCAUUUGGUCCUGGGUCCCGUGAUAAACAAGUGUUGGAUGGGACAAUAUACAGACACUAAAGAACUCGUUGGCGACAUACACGGCCUCCGGAGAAGAUGA